AUGGAAAUGCUCAUGGAAUCAGAAGGUCAGCGACCGAGGAGUCUAAAACCAAUACAUUUGGCUUGUUAUUUCGGAAAUUUAAAUUUCUUGAAAUUUCUCGUGAAUUUGAAAGUGAACAUAAACAGCGUAAACAGCAAAAACGACACCCCUAUUCUAUUUGCAACUAGAAACAAUCACAUAGACGUUGUUCAGUAUACAUCUGAUAACUAUUUUAGAUUUCUUUUGCGAAAUAAAGCAUCAGUUGAUAUUGAGAAUGACAAGGGGUCAACGCCACUAUACUGGGCAGUGAGAUAUCAAUAUGAGGAUCUAGUAAAGUUGCUUGUUUGCGAUGGAAAAGCCAUGGUGUCAACUAGAAGAAAGUUAGGCUUGGAGACUCCAAUAACGAUGGCCACGUCUUUGGGAAAUUUGGAAAUCCUUAAAACUCUUAUAGAGAAUGGAGCUGAUGUAAACACAAAAAUAAAAUAUGGAAUGAAACCCAUUCAUGUCGCUGCCUAUUUUGGGCAUUUAGAGUUGACGGAUUACCUAGUGAAUUACAAUAUUUCAUUGGAAGAUGACGAUGAUUUUGGUAAUACGCCUCUCCUUAUCUCCGUUCAGCAAAGAAAACUUGAUGUUUUUGCACAUUUGCUCACUUUGGGAGCAAACGGCUCACAUCGUAAUAAAAGAGGAAAAGAUGCGUGGACAUAUGCAAUGGAAUUGGAAAAUGACAAAUACCUGUUGGUGUUGUUAAAGUUUUAUGGACACUGGAUUGAAGAAAACAAAAUUGCUCGAUCCAGUGGAACUUUUUCAGGUUCGACGUACCCUCUUCAUCUUGCUGCUUCUAAAGGAGCAACAAAAUAUCUUCGAAUGCUGUUUGAAUCUAAAUUGAAAUUUAACGAAAAAGAUUCUCUCGGAAAUACUUUUAUUCAUACGGCUGCUUUCGCGAAUCAGGCAUAUUUUAUCUCGACUCGUUAUUUAAGCUUUAGGACAAAAUAUUGA